UUCUCAGACAAUGUACACAUCAGUUCUCGCAGCUCUUCUCCUGGGCACCGUAGCCCUCGCUAACGCCAACGGACUCAUCGGCGGUGGACAGGGCCAUGGUGGACACGGAGGCGGAUACGGUGGUGGAUACGGCGGUGGAUAUGGAGGAGGAUAUGGAGGAGGAUAUGGAGGAGGAUAUGGUGGUGGAAUCGGCGGUGGAUUCGGUGGAUUGGGAGGAGGAUUCGGCAGUGGCGUUGCUCUGAUUGGUCUUGGCGGAGCUGGUGGUUUCGGAGGCGGUCGUGGAGGCCAUGGAGGUGGUUACGGAGGUGGCUACGGGGGUGGUUACGGAGGUGGUUAUGGAGGUGGUUACGGAGGGGGUCUUGGCGGUGGCCUUAUCGGUGUUCUUGGCGGUGGUUUGGGAGGUGGCUAUGGAGGAAACUAUGGCGGCAGCUACGGUAAGCUUGAGUAAAUCUAUAAUGAUCUUAAAUAAUGAAAUUGCUUCCACAAAGUAUAAAUCUGACUGGGCUUGAAUCACAAAGCAAAGCUUUAAAAUAAGUAUUUCCCAAUGCUGGAAACUGUAAAACGUGCCUCUAAUGAUAUAUUAAGUUUAAAACACAAAAUAAUCAAAUAACGAUUUUAACUGGGUAAAUACGGUAGUUGGGUAUUACGAAGCUGUUUUCUUGUAAGGAUAUGAAACGCGAUUAUUUUUAGUUAAAAAGGGAAGAAAUGACAAAUAAAUGCAAUGUAUAGUCUUUAAGAAGAUAUUGAUGUAUUGUAUAGCACAUACUAAUCAUUGAUGACACACGUAUAAACUGUUUAGAUCUCAUAUCAUCAUAUUUCCACAGGAAAGGGAAACAACUACUAUUGAACAACGCCUUCUCAGACUGGCCCACUGGUUUCGCAUGUUCUGAGACGCUUUUUGAGCAGAUUUACUAGGCAACGCUGAAUUCUUUCAGUCAUCCGAUACUUGAAAAUAUGUCUUUAAACUACGGUUGUGCUUGCUGGUUAUAACGUCAUUAAACAAAUAGAUGAACAACAAC